CGCAAUACUGUCAGCUCAAACCAAGCACCACGCAUCACCAGCAGCAAAUGUCAUGGACGUGACAAAGGUGUACUGGGCUGGGGCGCAUGGGUUGGUGCACCAGCUGGCUAUGGACGCACUUGCGGGGACGGCAAAGAAGGCGAAGGAGGCGUACCGUCCAACAAACGCUGCGCAACGGAGCGGGGAGAAGGCGGUGGCCGCCAAGGUCGUUGUGAUUGCGGGUGCCGGUCGAGGCAUCGGAGCAGCAGCGGCGCGACAGCUUGCGCUCCAAGGCCAUGCCGUCAUCGUUGGCUGCAUCUCGCCAACAUCGGAUCCGAUCGCAGUCACCACUACAGACGUGCCCAUCCACGUCUUUGACGCGUUCUCCACGCGUGCAACAUCCCUUGGACGCGACGACAGCCGCAAACAACAACACCGUGCUGGAGAUGACACGGCGACACCCCACGGCGUUGCUGGAAGCAGCGACAGGGACGUCGCCGCCCUAGCAGGGAGGAUCACGCUGCUGCAACUCGACUAUCGUGACCUGGACAGUGUGCGGGCCUUUGCUGCUCGCGUGUGGGAGGUGACGCAGCGAGUCGACUGCGUCAUUCACAACGCAGCGGUGAUGUUGUGCCCCCUCAACGUGUGUCGCUCGGGCUUGGAGGAGCACAUGCAAGUGAACGUGUUCGGGCCGUUUGUGCUCACCAAGCUCCUGCUACGCCACUACAAACUGAGGCAACAACAACAACAACAACAACAACAGCAACAACAACAACAACAACAACAACAACAACAACAACAACAACAACAACAACAACAACAACAACAACAGCAGCAGCAGCAGCAGCAGCAGCAGAAACAACAACAACAGCAGCAGCAGCAGCAGCAGAAACAACAACCACCGCUGUUGUUUCUCACCAUCACCUCCAUCACACACGCGUGCGAACGGCUCAAUUUGCCAUACCUCCGUGCGUCCGCCGACGAAGAUGUAUAUCGGCCAUAUCGCAGCUAUGCGCAGAGGAAGCUGGCAGCCCUCAUGCUGCUGCUUGCAUUGGGAGGACGACACGCUUCGGAUGGCGUGCGCUUUGCAGCGGCAGACCCGGGCAUCGUCAACACGGACCUGUAUCGGCACGUGCCUGGUGUUGCGCGGGCCACGCAGCGCUUGCUUGGCCCGCUCUUCAUGCGCUCGGUGGAGAUGGCCGCAUAUUGCGUCCUCGCCCCAUUUCGCCAGCUCACACGCGAAGGGGGCGCUGCCUGUUGUAACGGCGGUGAUGGCGAUGGAAGUGGAGGGUGUGGGCGUGGGAGGGCAGCGCUUCAGAGGAGCACCCCGCCCCACUUUGCAUUCGGACAGGCGUGUGAGGCUGCACGUCACGCGUAUGAUGAGGAGCAGCAGGAAGCGCUGCUGGCGUGGAUGGAGCAAUUGGCGCGGCCACACCUCGCGCUCGACGAAGACGACAGCGACGAAGCACAGAGAUAGAGAACGAUGCGGGAGAUCGAGAUAUGGAUGGGAAUAAUGCAGAGAGCUGAGCGGGGAUGUUGGUGGUGG